AUGAAACCAAGUCGGGCACAAUACAGGCGAAAAUGGGUUGCUGCAGCUAGAACAUUACAAAAUACAAACCAUCAUGAUCCUAACAUGGACAAUCAUCCCACUGUUGACCAACAUCCCAAUGUUGACCUUGAUCAGUUGAUUGAACUUCCUUUAAACUCUGUAUUACCAGACAAUAGUGACCCAGACAAUAGUGAUCCAGAAAUAGAUGAAGAACAAUCUGAACCAAGUCGAAAACGUCUUUGUGGUGCUGCAAAUGGUUCCUUGCAUGAGGAGGGUGAUAUAGGUGUAUAGGAAAUGAAUGUAGCUCUGAUAGCGAAGAUGAUUUAAAUGAUGAAUCUCUUCAGGGCGCGCUAGCUAGUUGGGCCAAUGAGUUUCUAGUUAAACACAAUGCAAUGGAUAGCUUGCUUGCGCUUCUUAAAAAGAGGGGUCACCCAAAUUUACCCAGUUCUGCUCGUACACUGUUGGGUACAAAAAGAUCUAUUUCUGUUCAAGUGAAGUCUGGAAUGGAUUAUGUUUAUCUGCCUCUAGCUGCUGAAUUGUUGAAACAUUUUAAGAGACAUCCUCCCAAUAUAGUUGACCAUAUUGAUUCAUUUGAGAUUUCUCUAAAUGUUGAUGGGUUGCCCUUAUUUAAGAGUUGUAACAAAACUUUAUGGCCUGUUCUCUGUGCAAUUGUGAAUGUAAAACCAGUAGUAGUUUUUCCUGUUGUUCUAGCCUAUGGGAACUCCAAACCAAAAGAUUUGGAAUUUUUGGAAAAUGUUAUCAGGGAUUUGGGUGAUGUCCUUGAGAAUGGUCUGCAAGAUGGUAAUAGAGUUCUUCCUGUAAGUUUGAGGUGUGUUGUGUGUGAUGCCCCUGCAAGAGCACUUGUCAAAGGUACCAAAUUAUGCUCAGGGUAUUUUGGUUGCGACAAGUGUGCGCAAAAAGGCAUGUGGGUUGGUAGAGUAUUUUACCCUUUAAUUAAGGAUAUUGACUUGCGAUCUGAUUAUUCCUUUCGGGAGCAGGUUAAUGAGGGACAUAAUUUAAGUGUGAGUCCUUUUUAUACUUUACCAAUCGAUAUGAUUAAAAAGUUUCCUAUCGACUAUAUGCACCAGCUGUGUUUGGGAGUGACUAGAAAGUUGAUUUUGACUUGGAUUAGAGGUAGCUGGGAAGUCAAAUUGUCAGCUGGUCAAGUCGAGGAGAUCAGUAAUAGAUUAACAGGUCUGAAACCAUUUGUUCCAAGUUUCUUUGCACGUAAACCAAGAGGCAUGGCAGAAAUUGAUAGGUGGAAGGCAACUGAGUAUAGGCAAUUUCUUGUGUAUACUGGUCAGAUAGUUCUCAGUGGUAUACUAAGGCCUGAUCUAUAUGAUCACUUCUUAUGCCUUAGCGUUGCUAGUUCCAUACUGAUAUGCCCUAGGUUAGCUUUGCUUCAUAGACCGUAUGCUAAGCAACUGAUGGAAUACUUUGUGGAGCAGGGGAAGGUUUGAUAUGGCAACGAGUUUCAAGUGUAUAAUGUGCAUAACAUGAUACAUUUGGCUGAUGAGGUCCAGGAGUAUGGAAGCUUGGAUGCAUGCAGUGCAUUUCCAUUCGAAAAUUACAUUUACAUUGUAUUUCCAUUCGAAAAUUACAUGCAGAAAUUAAAAAGAUUGGUUCGUUCUGGAAAGAACCCUAUUGCGCAGAUAGCCAAACGACUAAGUGAGAGCUAUGGUGCCAUCCCGCAGUCCCGAGAAGCAGUAAUCAGUCUGAAGAAACCGGACAAUUGUUUUAUACUGACUGAUUCAUCUUGUUGUGAGGUACUUGAUAAAUCUAAUCAUCCCGAUCAUGGCGAAAAUAAAUAUUUGUGUUGUGUAUAUGAGAGGACUGAAGCUGUAUUUCAUAGACCAUGUGAUUCUCGCCUCAUUGGUGUGCACAAAGGAAAUCCACGGUGAAUAACUAUGAAAGUUGUGUGUCAGCACAAUCCCUCAACAGAAAUGCAAUGAAGGUUGAUCUUGGUCCCAACAAGAUUGUUUUUAUGACUAUCCUACACAGAAUAAAAUAGCAAAGGUAUUGUAUGUGCCUGUCCUAAUAGUUACAAUAAUGUGACUAUUUCCUUGUGGGAUAAAUGAAAAUGAAACUAUAGAAAGUUAAAAGUAAAAUUUACAAAUUUUUUCAUUGCUCAAAUAAUUGUAGCAAUAGCAUAGGAAUAUUUGCUUUUGCUUGGGAAUAUCCAAACAUAAAAUGCUGCUGGUAUAUAGUCUAUAACUGCAAAUAUAUAUCUUUUUCAUUGAAGAUGACUACCACUGGUUUUGCUGUUGUCGAGUUUGUCGAUGAAAAGUCAGUUGAGAUAAUUUGUGAAAAAUGGACGGAGACAUGUGAUGGGGUAAGUAUGGCAACUUUCAGUACCAUGUUAGUUUGAGGAUGUCAUAUAUUUUGCAAAAGAUAGUUAAACAACAGAACCAGCUCUAUGGUUAGUAUUUUAUAAUGCAAGGUGUCUAUUUUUAUCUUAGGUUAUGUACAGCUACUGGCCACAGUUAAAUGCAAAAGGAGAAGCUAAAAAAGCUGAGAUCCCCGACAAAGAAUUAUGGAAGAAGUAUAAAAUAAGAGUGCUGUCAUACACAGGUAUUAAUGUAUUUUAGUAUAAAUUUUCUAUUUUAUAUCAGCUUUCACAUGCAUGCAAUUCACCUAUAAAUCUGUUGCAAUAUUUAUUGCUACAAGCAUCAAUUAUUGUGUUGCAAAAUAAUAGUGAUAAAAGAGUAGCCAAGUUUCAUUGUUUAGAGAACACAAGCGAAAAAAGGCCGAAGAAAAAUGCUGUCAUUAAACCAUUAACGCCCCAGCGCUUUCCCCUUGACAUGUAAAGUCAUCUGACAUCACCUAGGGUAAAAACAUGUGUGUCAAUUGAAGACUUUAUGUUCACAGUAGUUUGUCAUGAUGUGUAUUGUUUUUACACCAUUUUUUACAGUAUGUGUACCUCUGUAUUGUCCAUAUUAGAGAGGUACAACUGUAUUUGAAUUUCAGUCGUUGUACCAUUUUCUAAUGCCUUUUAGAUAAUUUCAAGAUGGCUCAAAAGUGGUUAAAAAAAGCUGAAGAAACAUCAAAUGUUGAUUCAGAGUCUGAUUCAGAUGGUUGUGCAAGAAGAAAGAGGUCAAAACCUAACACCCGAAGAAAGAGAAGUCGACCAGGAGGUUACCAUUAUGCUGAACUGUCGGAAUGUUUCGAUGGUAAGUUUCAACCUGUAAGUUUUAAUUACUAUUUAUAAGUGAGACUUGAAUGAUGUGGUUUCUUGCACUUCACUUGGUGGAAUUAAUAUUAGAAUGUUAGGGUUUGUAAUCCAAGUGACUAUAUACAUUUUAAGACCUGACCAGGAACGACUGCGAAAAAUGCAGCACAAGGUCCUCUGGUAGGAAUUGAACCUACGGCCCUGCAUUACAAACCCUAACAUUCUAAUAUUAAUUCCACCAAGUGAAGUGCAAGAAACCACAUCAUUCAAGUCCACCUUAUCACAACCCGCACACCCGAUUACCUAUAUAUACAUGAACUUACGGUUGCAGCUCAACAGCUGGCCUCUGUAGCUCAGUUGGUUAGCGCUGCACCGGAAUCGCAGGGCCGUAGAUUUCUAUGCUUAAAAAACAACUAUAACUUUCAUCAUUUGAACAGUUUGAAAAUGUAUUUGGAAUAGGUUUAACUUAAUGUUUAAGUUCCCUGUUUAAGACUAGAAAACAUACGAGUCUUCUCAUUUCAUGGGAAUAUCCUGAGUCUGCAAUCACGGCUUCAAUUUUUGAAUUGCAGAAUAAUUAGAUGCACUAUCUAGUGUAUAUAAGAUAUCUAUGAUUACAAGCCCUAACAUUCUAAUAUUUAGAAGUGAAUUUGUUUGAAUUUUUUCCCAUUACAAAAGUCCAAUAGGAUCCUCUAGGAAUUCCAGUAGCAAAUUCAGACUCUUACUUAUACGAAUAGACUAAUUACAGUAUUUCUAAAGGAUUUCCUUGAAGCAUAAAAUAUUCUAAUACGAUUUUAAAGGAAUUCCAAUAAAAAUACAUUGUAUGACUGCAGCCAAAUUUCUUUUUGGAAUCCUACAUACAACAAUAAAGUUGACCCAUUGAAUAUGGGUCAAUAACUUUUACCAAUAUAAUGUAACUGUACAUGUACUUUAUUCUCUCACAUAAAGGCAAUGAAACGGAUAAUCUGGCACGCGAAGAAAAUUUAACAUGUCCUGCUCUCACACCACUUCUUCCUGCAGCACCCAUAUUUCCUGUUGCAUCAUCCCCUGGACUAAAUAGAAAUGGAGAUUUCUCAGCUGCCCUUAUAUCUGCGGUUAACACUGUCUUUGAUUCAAUACCAAGUGGUGAGAACACUCCAGAAUUGAUUAAUUAGAAGUACGAUCACAGUUCCAUGUUUAUACAUUGCAGCUACUGUAACUUUUGAGAUUGCUUUUAUCUUUGCGCAGAUGUAAGCUGUGAUAGUCGUCCAUUACAUUCAAGUAUUCCUUGUACAUCUACCAGUAGUCCAAAUUAUUCAAAUUCUCAAAGACAACAUCAACGUAAGUUUGAAAAAUCCGUCCUUGUUAUGAUUACAUACACGCAUUGUCGAAGAGGUUAACAUACACUAUCUUUGAUCCAACUCCGAUUGGUGAGAGCACUUCUGAAUUGAUUAAUUAGAAGCAAAUCGCAGUUCCAUGUUCACUCAUUGCAGCUACUAUAACUUUUGGAAUUGCUUUUAUCCUUGCAUAGAUGUACUUAACAGCCUGAAUAAUGUGAGCAGUGGUAGUCGUCCAGUUCACUCAAGUAUCCCUUGUACACCUACCAGUACUCCAAAUUAUUCAAAUUCUUAUAGACAGCAUCAAAGUAAGUUUAAAAAUUUGUGCUUGUUAUGACUACAUAUUAGACGUAUCGUCUACACACGUAAAAAUCUUGCAUCUUGUAACAAGUCUGCCAACAAGCCAUCAACAAGAUGUAUUCGCACUGCUUGUCACAAGUUGUCAACAGGUUUGGAACAACUUGUUGACAACUUGUAACAACCUUGUCGAAAUUAUCAGACCUGUUGCAAGGUUGUUCUGACAAGUCCGUUACAAGCUUGAAAUAAUAAGAUUGUUACAACCUUGUGUUGACAACCUUGUAACAUCCUUGUUAUAUCAUGGCUGUAACAAACGUGUUAGCACAGUCUUGUAACAAGGCUGAUAAUACCAUCAAGCUUGUUACAAGUUGUUAACAGCUUGUUUCAAACUUGUUACAACAAAACUGGGAACAAGCAGUGCGAACACAACUUGUUGACAGCUUGUGAACAGACUUGUAACAACUUGUUUGCAGACUUGUUACAACUUGUGCGUUUUUACGUGUGUAACAGCUUAACAUACUGUAUACAUGCAUGCUCUUUACUUUUAUAUUUAACACCAGUGUAUUGUAAAUAGCUUUUUGCAAGCACAAAUUUCAUUUUUUUUCAAAAAUUUCAAACCAAACCACAGUGUAAUUUAUGGUUGCAUGCCCUCAUUGUUAUACAAUUUAACUAGUACCAUUACCAAUUCCUAGAUGGAUUGAACAAAAGCACAACGAACCUUAACAAUGAGAAUCCAGUGUUAACACACAAUGGUAAAUCAACUUCCACCAAACAGGAUCAACAAGACAGUAAGUUACUAUAUUUGACCACAUUAUUCAUGACCAAGACCCGAUAUUGGAAAUGUUGAUCCUUGACCAUCGUAUUAUAAAACUGAACAAGAGUACAUAUAUAAAAUACAAUGUUCAGUGGUUGAAACGUCUCUAGAAAGGGUUAUUUAGCUAUAUAAGAUACACAGUUUCCUCCAACCAGAAAUUUAUUUAGUGUGUAAUGGAGUACUAAAUCCAAAGUGUUUUUGAAAAUUUGAAGAUAAAGAUUAAAGCAUAGCAUAUGAAUUUCUAACGAGACUAUAAAUAAAACUUAUUUGUUGAAAUUUUCGUUAUAUUGUAACUACAAAACAAAAUUAGAUACGAAACAUCAGCAAUUUUUUGUAACGUCUUGUUUGAAAUUGUAUGCUGGGCUUUUAAUAUAUUCAUCAAAUUGCGCUUAUCAAUUGUUAAGUUUGUAAGACACUAAGACUAGCAUGUGUAGUUUUCCACCACUGCCAAUUAAUAUUCAAAGAAGUUGGUAUUGAUGGUAAAAUCUCGAACGGUCUUUGACAGUGUAGGUAGUGAUAGAUUCAAAGCUAGGAACGUGGGUAGGAUUUCAACCACCAAUAAAUAUACAAGAGGAUUAAGUCUCGAUGUUUCGAGCGAAGACCCUUGGUCGGGAGUUAAUUGAACGUUCUCUUAUGUAUUCUUACUUAUUUUUUUACCUUUACCCUUUGUCGUACGCUGCAUAUUUUCCUAUAGUCUUCUAUUUUUGUAUAUUCUGUAGUGUGAUUUGCAUUUUGUUUAUAGUUUGUUUUGACUAUGCUUAUCUGAUACACUUUUGUAUUCAUUUAUAUAAAAACACAGUCGUGUGUUUCCCGAUUCCUGCUACAAACUCCCAACGAAGGACCUUCGCUCAAAACGUUGAUAUCUCUUGUAUAUUUAGGUGCUAUUCAUGCUAUCAUAUUUGGCAUGUUGAAACUUGUAGAAAAAAGAAAAACCUUUCUUACAUAA